UUCCUUAACCUUUUCCUGUUCUUACUUCUUCUGGUUUCUCCUUCCUUUGCUAGUAAUGAGAUGUAUUGUAAUUGAUCACUCAUCAGUCAACAGUCAUCCGUCUGAGUUGUAUUGAUUUCUUUGCUGAUUUUGACGAUAAGUUGAUCCUUUGGAGAUUUCAGUUUUAUUAUAGUCAUUUUAUCUUUACUUUAUGCUUCUUUGCUCCUUUCCUUCCCUUUUUAAUGCAUUUCUAGCCAGUGGCUCUGUUUUUUUUGUCAUCAUCGUUUAAAUUGGAAUAAUGGUUGAUUCUGAAGUCAGGUUGAACCUUGUUCAUUUGGACGUUUCAUGAAUUUCUCUCACGACAUAUAUAUUUGAGAAAGAAAAAUAACAGGUUUCUCAACAGUACUGUACCUCAAUUGAGCCUUUUCCAUCAUAGUUUGAAGAAGCUGAGCUUAAUUCACUGUUCUAUUAUACAUGUAAACUCAAGUCCGUAGUCUCUUCUCUCUCUAUUUCGUAUUUGAUAGUGAGUCGAGUUUCGUUGAGUUCGUUUAGAAGUGUGAGAGAGUGGAGUCUGAAUUUUUGCCCGUAGUAAGCUUAGAUCAGCUUCCGAUAGUGCUUCAUUCAGAUUUCACCCGGAUUGAGACCACAAUGAACUUUAAGAAUGUGAAGAACGACCCUGCGGUCGAUAACAGCAGUGGCGGAAGGCAACCAGUGAACUUUUCCCUGGCACGACAGCCGUCCGUCUACUCUCUGACAUUUGACGAAUUCAUGAGUACCAUGGGAGGUCCUGGAAAGGACUUUGGGUCCAUGAACAUGGAUGAGUUGCUCAAGAACAUUUGGACAGCUGAAGAAAUGCAAACAAUGGCGUCCGCCGGCUUUGUUCAACCGGUGACCGGUACCUCUGGUGAUGGCCAUUUGCAGAAACAAGGAUCGUUGACACUGCCACGGACAAUUAGCCAGAAGACAGUGGAUGAAGUCUGGAAGGAUAUUUCCAAGUACGGGAUUGCUACUGGUCCUGGAGGCCCCAGUUUUCCUCAGAGGCAGCAGACUCUGGGAGAGAUGACGCUGGAGGAGUUCUUGGUCAGAGCCGGCGUGGUCAGAGAAGAUAUACAAUUAGAUGAAAAGCCAAACGGGGGGCUUUUCGCCGAUUUGUCUCGGACAGGGAAUCAUGGUGGUUUAGAGAUGGGUUCUCCGCAAUUCAACAAGGGUGCAGGGUUAGUAGGAGGCCCGAUUCCCGGCAAUAACAACGAUCGUCUAACUCUUCAAUCGUCAACCAAUUUGCCGUUCAAUGUUAACGGGAUUAGAUCGAAUCAUCAACAGUUGCCUACUUCACAGCCACCGCAGCUGCAACCGCAGAUACUUCCAAAGCAACCUGCUAUGUCUUAUGCAGCUCCAGUGCCAUUAAUGAGCAAUCAAGGAAUCAAGAGCGGAAUAGUGGGACUUGCUGAUCAGAAUCUAAAGGCCAAUAUAGUUCCGGGUUCUGCACUGCAAGGUGGAGGGAUCGAUGGUAUGGGUUUCGGACAUGGGGGUGUUCAUGUAGCUACAAGAUCCCCAGCGAAUCAACUGUCUUGCGAUGAAACUGGGAAGAUUAACGGGGAUACUUCGUCAGUAUCGCCAGUUCCUUAUGUAUUCAAUGGUGGUUUAAGGGGAAGAAAGCGCAGUGGAGCUGUGGAGAAGGUAAUUGAAAGGAGGCAGAGAAGAAUGAUAAAGAAUAGAGAAUCAGCUGCUAGGUCGAGGGCUCGCAAGCAGGCAUAUACCACGGAACUGGAAGCAGAAGUUAAAAUGUUAAAAGAUGAAAACCAAGAACUUCGAAGGAAGCAGGCUGAAAUCAUGGAAAUUCGAAAAAAACAUAUUAUGGAGAUGAUAAAUACGCAACAAGCAGUCAAGAGAAGAUGCUUGAGACGAACUCAAACUGGACCAUGGUAGAAUGAAGAUGGUGAAAUGAUGCUGAUGUAGGCUAAAUGCAUGACUACAUGUACAUACUUCCAAAUACCGUAUUCUGCCGUAGAUUGGGGGUCAAUAACUCCUAGAUAGGCGUUUGAAAGUUUGAUAUCUAGCCUCUACUUCAGACACUUGUUGGGGAGAAGAGGUGUUUUUGCAAACGUUCAGUUUCAUGUCGUCUUUGGAAAACACUCUUGUGCAGAUUAUUCGUUGCCGAAUAUGAGUCGUAGAGAAAUUUAAGUUUUGCAUCUUUUGUAUUACGGUUCAUAGGACCCUAGAAGAAUAGACCAGCCUUGCCUCUUUCGCGCCAUCGGUUAGCAUUGACACUAUUUCAUCCCUUAUGUAUGUAUGUAUGUGUUUGAAUUGCUUUUAUUUCAAGGGCAAAUUUCUGAUAACUCCUAGUACAAA